GUAUUAUGAGUUGUUUUCCGAAAAUUUGAGUCAAAGGAGCCGCGUCACGUGCCGCAUCACAUGCUCGACCAACUCCGUCGAACUAGAGAGAAAAUCAAUAAAUUACAGGGCCGUGGCAAUAACGCAGGACUUUGGAACAUAUUUUUAAUUAAGUAUUUGCUCCAAUUGAAUUUCUGCAAAAUGCCACCUUCGAAGGAUGCAUUAGUAUUGUUAAUAAAUAUAGGAGUGACAUGUCCUGGGAAAGAAACCAAUCCUGCUGUGCUGGAAAAGUUUAAACAUAUUGCUAAAAGAAUUAUUGAUAAGAAAAUUUUCCUACGACCAAAAGAUGAAAUUGCUGUCAUACUAAUGGGUUCUUCUAUUACAAAAAAUAGCAUAGAUACUGAAUAUGUACAAGAGUAUAUUGAUUUUGAAGUACCAAACUGGGAAUUAAUAGAAAAAAUUAUGCAUUUGCAUGCCACAAAACAUUGUUCUAAUUGGAUAGAAGCAGUUAUUGCUACAGUAAAAUACAUAGAAGAUAAUGCCAUUGAUAAUGAUAAAUCAGUUAUAUUUCUCAUGUCUGAUUUUAAUGAAGGGGUAGACAUUAUCUCACAAUUUAAGGUAGAUAAAAUCGCAGAGGAUCUGAAUACGCAUGAAAUUCAGCUGCUUACAAUAGGUGAAGAAUUAUUGGAAAAUAAGCCAAAAGGUUCUCUUAACGUUAGUGAGAAAUUUCUUAAAAAUUUACAUGAGAAGAUCAAUGGCCAGCAUUUAACAUUUGAUAAUGUUAUAUCAGAGUUGAAGUUUUAUGGUGAUGUACUUACCAAAUCUAUGCCUUGGUAUGCUAACUUGAAAUUAGCUGACAUAGAAAUACCAAUUGUUAGUUAUACUAAAAUAUCGGAAGAUAAUGAACUUUCACCAUGGGAAAUUGCUUCAGAAGAUAAGGAAGUCAAAUCAGAAGUACAAUAUUUCAACAGGGAGAGAUCGAGCUAUAACAAAGAUGAUGCUGUAGCAGGUUAUAAAUAUGGGGGAGAGUUUAUUCCUGUUGAAAAAGAUCUAGAAGAAUCUCUGAGUUAUAAAGGUGGUCCGAGAUGCUAUAUGGUUCAUAGUUUUGUAUGUAAAGAUAGCAUUGAUUUAGCGUGGUGGUAUGAUGACACUUCAACUAUUGUCUUACCUUCAAGUCGGGAUGAAAAUUCUGUCAAGCCGUUUUAUAGUUUCGUCCAAGCGAUGCAUACAGAUAAUUUGGUCGCCAUUGUAAGAAAAGUUUAUAGCAAUAAUUUAACCCCCAAAAUGGUAGUAUUAUUUCCGUGCAUCGACGAUCCUGAUGAGCCAUGGUGUCUGGUAGAAAUAUCUUUACCAUUCGCAGGAGAGGUAAGAAUAGUAAGUCCGAGAUCUUUUAAGUCUGUUACAAAACAGUUGACAAAUGAACAAAAUGAAGCUGUAGACAAUUUACUUGAUUCCCUGAUGCUACCUGAUACAGAAGAUGACGGCAACAUAGAUAGGAGUCAGUGUUUUUUACCAGGAUGUGUACCUGAUCCUGGAUUGCAACAUAAAUGGCAUGCGUUAUCACACCGCGCACUUCAUCCGAAUGAACCGUUACCGCCUAUAGAAGAAUAUUUAAAAAACAUUCUUGAAGUCCCAUUGGUGAAACAAAAUAGUAAAUGUCAUCUUCAGAAAAUCGUAGAAUUAUUUCAGUUGGAGAGUAUAGAGCCUACAAAGAAAGAAAAGUAUGACUUUAAGAAUACAGUUGAUAUGCAGAGCAAUAAAAAGAAUGACGUUGAAGAAUCUAUUCAAGCAACAGUCAAAGAUGACGAAGGUGAAGAUGACGAGAUCAAAGAUGAUGAGUCUGAGGAUGCCAUGGAUGUUGACCUGGAUGAUUUAAAUAAAAGAUUAGAAAGCGAUUAUAGUAAAAGAAAAAAGAUUGACAAACUGCUUUUUGAUGAUUGCUGCCUCUUUCUGUUGAUUGCUGAUACUGUUAGUCCGGUGGUUUUGUCAACGAAGGGACGCCGUCUCGUGUGGAUCAACAGGUGUUCCCUGCGACCAGCUUUCACUAGCAUGGGGACCGCGUACGUGUACUGUAUGGUGAUCAUGCUCGCCAUGAUCUUCGUGACGACGGAGGCUGGCGACAUGCUGCGGAAAAGCAUUGUCUUUGACAAGAACACGCCAGACGUGUUCUACUGCCCGCAACAAAAGCCGACGGGCUUCGAAAAGAUGAUAGUGAACGCGAAACCGUUGUCCAAACUCUGCCAGUUCGAGGGAAAACCGAUACCGCCGGACUAUAAAAGCGAUUGCUACAACGACGUGGACGAGACCGAGUACGCUUGCAAAGAAAAGUACAGGAUCAUGAUGAGGCUGCAUCCACCUGGGAGCGUCACACCUUACAAUGGAUCACGUUUGUCGAGGUUUCUCGCUGUCGAUAAAGACAUACAGAAACACAAAAAUCAGAUUUAGGAUGCUUCUAAUCAACGAGGUGAAACGAAUAUUUCCUGUAGAUAUUUUUGAGUUAGUUUCACAAAGUCGCACGAAUUUUUAAAUUGGAUUCUUUCGAUUCGAUUAAAUAUUAUUUAAAAAUUUUAAUUGUAUUUCAAAUGCCUCGAUUCGCGAUAACUUUACUUCGUGUGUUGUUAAUACUUCUGUAAAUAAUUUUAGUUCCUGUACCUUUAUUAAUUCUUUAGAGUCCGACGUCCGUCAUGUACUUUUUCUUGUAAUUUAGAUUCGAAGACGAAACAUACUUAUUGUCGCUAAAAUAUUUAACGUUCCUAUUCAUUGUGAGGUGUAUAAAGUUUUCUUGAUGUAUUUUUGUAUUAUAUUUUUAACAUAAGCGUAAGACAUUGUAAAGAAAUAAAGUAAUAUAUGUGAAUAAAUA